CGUGGGAUCUCUUCAUUUGUUGAAAAUUAAUUACUUUUGUUAUUGAAUUUCACUAAUUCUGUUAUUUCACUAAGUCUGUUUCAGGUAUCCUCUUCACCUUUCAACGAAAUGGAUUACAUCUCAUCAUCAGAUAAAUAUUCUAAUUUUUAUAUUAGGUAGGAUAGGUUGUAAAAAACAUGGGAUUUAUAAACUGUGUUUUGUUCUUCUUUUUAUUAAAAAAGGCAAUUUCGCCUUUCCUACUCUGUUUCGUUUUCCAAAGCAAUAGUUUUCCUAUUUUUCAAGGCAAUAUGAUCAUCCUGCCAUCCUUAACUUCCUCGUUAUAAGCAAAUACUUGAUACUUGAUAGUUACGUGACUUUGUCCACUAGCUAUCAUAUCAUUGAUGUAUCCUGAUUUGCAUUUUCCUCUUGCCACAUGUGGUUUAUCUCGUAUCAAAUUUUGUGUGUCGUCAGUGUGAAUGUAGAUAUUGUUAUGAAGAGUAUUUGUUAGAUUUUCAAUAAAGAGAAUUACAAACAAAAUGUUUAAUUUUUAUAUUAGGGAAGAGAGGGAGAAAUGUUUUUUAGAAUAAGUAAAAUGUUGAUGUUGUACUUUUAAUUUAAGUUUGUUUCAGGAUUUUCUUGCAGGGGAAGAAGAUUUUGUUGAAGAUGAUAUUGAUUAAAAAGAAAACGUUUUUAAAAUCAAGUACAUGUACAAUCAAGAUACUACUUUAUUAAAUAAAGUAGUAUGUUGUAGAAAAGUAGAUACUGUAGUUAAGUAGAUGGGUGUAGUGCUUUUUGGGAUGCUUAUUUCGCUUAUUUUUUUUGUUUUUUUUUUUUUUGCUCACGCUUUUUAUUAUCAAUCAUUUUUCAUUUUCAUGCCGAUGGAAAUGUAAAAUAUUGAUAAAAAUUUUCUUGAUUUAAAUUUUAUUUUCAGGUUUAGUCUUCCGCGUCGGUUUCUUUUACGGCUCCUUUUGUUGCUUGUGUUGCACAACGAUCAAAAGUUUGAACGUUUUGCAAACGUGCACCGAAUGGAGAAUUUAUGUUUGAAUAAAUAAAGUUUCGUGCAAAAGGAGGGUGGAUGGGACGUCGUGGUUAGGGUGGGUCUCCAAUAACGCAGCAACCUCCACGUGGUGAGACCCGGGAAAUCAUAUUUAUUAGUAUACAAUAUAUAAUUAUAUCAUUGUAAAGUUAAUUUCGGUGAUACAAUUAUAUAUUUUAUAAAAAAUAAUAUGAGCUAAUUGGCUGCGAGCGCGUUUUUGGUGAAUAUAAUUUUUUAUUUGUUUGUGUUUGUGGUAUGACAUUCUCGUUUCAAUAUUUGAAAUUAAAAAUUAUACCAUUUUUUAUAUAUAUUUUUAAAGAUAUAUAUAUAUAUAUAUAUAUACAUCUUUAAAAAAUAAUAUUGUGUACGUAAUUGAAAUUAUAUUAGGUAGUUCUAAUGUUUGUUAAUCGGUGUUUCAUUUUGUUAUUUUAGGGAAUCCCGUAAGAUGGCGAACUAGUUUGUGUGUGUCGGUAUAUCUUUUCUAAGUUCUUCUAAUACUCUUACGAUGGCGCUACUUUUCGAAUUUGUGAUGUUUUUGAAUGUUCAUUUAAUGCUUUGUGUGUAUGAGUAUUUUAUUUUAUUUUUAUAUUAUUUACUUUGUUAUUAUUAAUAUUUUAUAUUUUGUAGAUAAAAGAUGGAAUUUUCUGUAUGUAGUCUUUGUGUAUAUCCUGUCUGUAGUAACAAAAUAAUGAAUUUUCCUUGUCGAUAAAAUAGAUUAUCCAUUAUAUAUUACAAAUUUCUUCAAUGCAACAGAUGUUAAAAAUGUGAAAUAAAUUACAGUUACAAUACUGUGUAUUUUUACGUAUUAAUAGGUUAAAAAAAUUCAAUUAUCUCUAAAUAAAAAAUUAUUCAAAAUCCAAAUUAUAUAAAAUUAUUAUAGAGAAAUCCAAUAAAGUCUUUGUUGUUUCUUUUGUAUCUAAGCAACACUACGCUACAUAUCAGGUACAUGGAAAAUAUUCGAGUGCACAAGUAUUAUGGAUUACGAACGCGAAAGUGAAAAAAGUAAUACGUUUUCUGUUGCGUUUUGAGAUGUACGCAACUAAUUCACAACGAGUGUGCAAUAAUUUAUCUGAACAACAUGCUAAAUUACAGAAGAUCAAAGAGCUGACAACUAUUUUAAAGGAUACAGAUAAAAAUUUGACUAUUUGCGAAGAAAUAUUAUCAACUUAUAUAAGGAAACGAUUAAGGGAUAAGCGAGAAGAAAUGCAAAGGAAUAAAGAUUUGGAAAAUAAAAUGACAGAAAUUUUAGAAAAUUUGAAGACCCGUCUAUUGGUCGAAUAAUAUUUAUUAUUACAAUGUAUUUUUAUAUAUUUCUUUCCUUAUUUUUGUAAAAAUUAUUGAAUUUAUUUAAUGGAUAUUGUGCAGAUAUCUUAUUUUAAAUUAUUAAUAAAAGAGUGGAUUAUUGUAUAACAGAUAAAA